UGCUAAGCUCGCAGAUGAGAAGUGAGUGCGAGUGCGAACCACGCAGAAUGAAAGUGUUGUAGCCGGUCAGCUUUUUCUCCUCCGCUUUCACCUGCACUAGCAAAGUCCUGCCACAACCAUGACGGAAGACCCGGAUCAGUGGCACACAGUUAGAACUACGCAGGGAGCAGCUCCUGCCGCUACAGAAGGCGCCAGCUCUCCCCUGCUUCCGGCGAAGGCGGGAGUUGCGCAAAUAACCGGUGCAGGAGGUGCGCAGUUCUUGAACAGUCAGAAGGCAGGCGUAACCACGCCGGCGUGGACCACAACGAAAGUGGCGUCGUCAACCCCUACGAACGAUUCUGCGAUACCAGCACCUUCUGAAGGCUCCAAGAUGAAUGCCACAGGCUCCAAGGGGUCCGCAAACGUUCCGGCCGGGAGCUCUACGCCUGGAAGCACCGCGGGGGACGACGUGGACCUGAAUGCCUUCGAGAUCACGACGGGCUCGGGCGGUGCUCCAGGCCCCGCAACAUCAGCGCAGCAGACGCCCACGGGUGGCGCGUCCGUGGCGUCGUCUUCGGGCGGAGGUUCGAAGACCACUAGUGCGAACAACAAAGUGAUCAAUGUGGCCCCGUAUGAGGGCGAGAUGCUGCGGUUCGCGCAAACUCAGGUGGUACAGCUGGUGGAGCUUUUUGAGCAGGACGAAGGGUUGGUGCAGCGGAUACGCUCGAUUGCCGAGGACGUGCUGGCGGACAUCGAUGAGUCCCGGUCUGCGUCAAUUGAGUUCGCGAACAACAGCGACGGGGGGGGAAAUAACGGAUCCAACGAGUUUGGUAACAUUAUGCAGAAAAGCCGCAGCAGUCUAAUCACAACCAUGCCGAACAAAGCAACGAGCAGUGGUUUGCUGGAGCCAGAAAUCAGCGGAAGUACAAGUCCGGACAAGGACUCCGAUGCCGGAGGAAGUGGUAUGCCAAUGUCGCGGACAUCUACCGAAGAGCAGAAGGGACCAGCACAGAUAAGCAAUGCAGCGACACCGAAGCCGGGUACUAUAUCACGUACGCGGCUGUCCACGUCCGCUACGGAGCCCGGGUCGCUGCAGAGUCUGGGUGACAACUACCAGCUGCACGGUUACGUGCUGUAUUCGCUGUGGUGCAUGACCCGCGACGAUGUGCGCGCCAUUGAGAAUGUGGCGCGCGCCAGGUUUUUCAGCGUCGACGAUGUGCGAUUUCUCCGCCACUUCUACACUCGGGAGGCCGACAUUGUCCUGGACGACGCGGACACUGACCCAGCUGCUGCCGGACUCGCUGAGGGUGUUGAAAAUAGCGCCACAGCCGCGGCCCGGAGCCGCAGCAACAACUCGAGCGAAACCAGCCAAAGCCGGGCACUUGACAACGAUCCCACCGGCCCUUUCCAGCGGGUGCCCAGCCGGCUGAGCAGCGUGGGCGGCCCGAUCCUCGACGCGCGAAACAAGCGGAACGCGAAGUGCGAGGCCUACCUGUCGGCGAUGUGGACGACGCUCGGCGCGGCGGUGCGCCCACGAAAAAAUCCCAUUCCGCAACCCGUCCCGCUCGCGCACCCGGGCGCGGACCACGUGUUUCGCGACCGUUACGUGGUAAUUAUGGUCGGUCUGCCCGCCCGCGGCAAAACCUACCUGUGCCGGCGGCUGGCACGGUACCUGGACUUUUUCCACAACGUGCGCACCAAGAUUUUCAAUGUGGGCGACUACCGCCGCACGAUGUGCGGCAACCAUUUAGCACCCUCCUUUUUCGAUCACAAACUGCAUGAGAAUGUCAAGAAGCGGCAGGCCGCGUGCGAGGCGGCAAUGCUGGACUUGGUGCACUGGAUCAGCGAGCAGGAGGACGAUAAGAUUUCCGGCCGCGUGGCCUUCUUCGACGCAACCAAUAGCAGUCGGGAACGCCGCGAGUGGGUCAUGCAGCAGGUACUAUACAUAGGAAUUAUUUGAUGGAGUUAGAUUCUGUGUCUGUAGUUGCGUUGAUUCUGUUUUCGCGUCUGAGGUGGAGGUUAUUCUUAUGCAAGAAAAUGCAAGAGCACGACACGUCGCAGUGCGAGUGCCACUUGUCCAGACCACUCAGAGAUCGCUGCAAAAAUGCCCAACUACAGGCGCGGCGACACAUCUCCGCCGUGAAGAUUAUGUUUGUCGAGUCUUUAGUCACAGACGAAACCAUUGUGGACAACAACAUCCGGGCGGUCAAACUCGGCUGUCCGGAUUUUGUCAAUCUGGACGAGAUAUCAAAUGUAAAAAUGUCUGGGUAUGCAAGAUUGCAAUUUGUCAUGCUGUUUUUGGACUCUAAAAAAAUUUGUAUUGCGUGGCCAGCGAGAGGGGUCUAAUUUGUGCUACACGGACAGGGCAUUUCUCAUGCGGAAGGUGCAUCAGGAAGCCCUCUAAAAGUCUGCGAUGCUAGGGCAUGCAUUACAGGCAUCAUGGGUCAUGAGAAAUAUGCAUGACAAGUCUUGCAUUCUUCCAGACCACCCAGACACUUUUGCAUUUGAUACGGGAAAACCGCGACCCGGGAGUUUCGCGAGCGGAUUCGGCUCUACGCGGAGGUGUACGAGAGUCUGGACGAAAGCAACACGACGGAGGAGGGCAAAGCCAUGUGGGUGAAGGUGGUGAACCUGAGUCGGUACGUGGUGAACAACGUGAAGGGCUUCAUCCCCAACCAAAUGGUGCAGUUUCUGAUGCACCUGAACAUCGACCAGACCCGGGACCGCGUGUUUUUCCUGACCCGGCACGGGCAGUCCGAGUACAACGAACUCGGGAAAAUCGGCGGCGACAGCGGCCUGUCGACCCUCGGGGUGGAGUAUUCGCACGCUCUCGCGGAAUUUGCGAUGAACACCAUCGCGAUGGACACGGUGACCAGUGUCGACAAAAAGACGAAGGAGUCCAUCACCGUGCACAAGCCCCGGCCCAGUCGGCUGUGGACCAGCAGUUUGCGGCGCACGAUCGACACCGCAGCUACAAUCCCCGAGGUGGUGCUGAAGCACCCCAAGUCGGGCGCGCUGUGGCACCAGUUCAAGCGCAAGGAGUGGCGCGCGCUGGACGAGCUGUACGCGGGCAAGUUCGACGGCAUGACGUACGCGGAGAUCGAGAACGCCUUCCCGGACGAGUUCCAGGAGCGGCAAACAAACAAGUUGACCUACCGCUACCCAAGGGGCGAGUCCUACAUGGACGUGAUUCAGCGUGUCCACCCCUGCAUCCUGGACAUGGAGCGGUGCCGGGAGCGGCUUCUGAUCAUCGGGCACCAGGGCGUGCUCCGGGUGCUGUACGCCUACUGGAAGGGGCUGUCGCGCGAGCAGGCCGCGUCUGUAUCUAUUCCGCUGAACACGGUGAUCGAACUGCGGCCCGACACCUACAGCUGCUCGGAGCGACGCUUUCAGCUCUUGACGGCCACCGCCGCGCGCGACCACAGCAUCUACAUCGCGCGCACCAUGAGCGCCAGCUCGGAUCAUACACGGGAUUCUGCGGUCACCGUUUUGAAGAAAACAGCGUCUUCUACCGGUGCUACGCCGUCCAUUCUCACGAGCGGCGGACCGCAGGUACCGGUCUCCGGGGGCAGCAGCAGCCCGACGGCGGUGUCGGUGGCCACCUGGGAGAUCGGCGACAGCAGCACACCCAAGAUGCUCACGGCCACGGCCGGCAAGGACGACAUUGAGCUCAGCCGGAACUCCAGUUUUGCCGAACUCAUGGACCCGCCGAGUCACUAGGGUGUGUGUUACGUGUCUUGCUGCUAGUGUGAUGGAUGCAGCAGUUGAUGACAGCAUCCAGGAGACCAGAAAUUGUAGCCCGAAGUGGUACAAGAACUUUCAUGUUGUGUACAUUAGUGCAGUAGACGACUCCGAGACUGUUGUGAAACAGGAAAUCCACCGAAAGAGGACGAUGGAGCAAUGGACAGCAGCCACAGUGAUUUUGUUACGCCAUACAGACAAAAUUAUCGAUCGGUGAUGUUAAUUCGGAUCAUCUUUCCUUAGUGGGAUUUCAAUUUCCUAUGAUUUCUGAAUCGGAUUCUCUUGUAGAUCCAGGUGCGAUCGUCUGGAACAAGUUUUUCGUUGUCUUUCGCAAGCCCG